AUGCAUACAUCCGCAGAUGUAAAGGAUGCUGCCUCUCGGCUUGCGGAAUUCGCCGAUGAAGCGGCUAGAUUCUUUCACCAACUUGAUCCCUCCAAAAAGGACGUUACAAAACGACCCGAACAGUUGGAAAGCUUGUCAAGAUUAGCAAACGAGUUUAAACUAGCCCCAUCAACCGACAGAAGCGACACUGAAAAGGAACUCGAAUUUACGACGCAAAUCCUGCUUCACUGCUCUGAGAUCAUAAGAGACAUUCUGUCCGAGCUUAACUGGCGUGAACCAACUCUAACCAGGCCUGAGUCGUUAACAGUAUACGAAAUUAUCAAUAGGAAGAGAGCCAGAGACCUUUUCGACGAUUUGAAACAAGAGCAGCUGUGUCUUGUGGCAUUCCGAAACUCAGAAUUCAAAUCACUGUCCUGUGUUUCCAACUCUUCGCAUCAACCAGAGUAUUCAAACUCUUUCGAAGAACGCGAGAAAGAACUAUUACACUAUUUGUUUGUAAUCGAUCCACGACAAGAUCGUGCAUCACUCGAAGCAGCAAAGGGUCAUGUUCUUGAAGGAACUUGUACCUGGAUCACUGAGAUUCCCGAUUUCCGCUAUUGGCUCCUGCCUCCCAGCAAAUGUAAGGGCCUCGUUAUCCAAGGAAGUCAAGGCACAGGAAAGACCAUGUUGGCCAGUUACAUCGCCGGUCAACUCGAACGAUUAUCCGGACACACGCCUGACAAUACCGUGCUAUACUUCUUUUGCAGCCAGGGCAACAUCUACAAGAACUCCACUGCAGCUGUUCUCCGUGGACUCAUAUGGCAACUUUGCAAAUUGAGACCCAAACUCAUACGCCAUGGGCUUCAAGAGGUUCGAGCUCAUGGUAGCGACCGGAUAGCUUUGGCAAAAAAUGUGGUUGGGACACUUUGGCAAAUAUUUGUCGCCAUGAUUCGAGAUCCACUCGCAGGAAAUCUCACCUGUAUCCUCGAUGGAAUCGACGAGUGCGAUGUAACAUCGAUCAAAAGCUUGAUUGAGCGGUUAUCUGAACUUAUAACCUCGCCCAAAUGUCCUCAAAACUUUCGACUUCUCAUGACAUGUCUCUCGGUACCUCCCCAGAUGAAGCACCAGGAUACUAUUUCGAUAUUGUCUCUUGAUUCAGAGCUGCAUGAGAGCAAUGCCCGAGAUGUUCAGCUCUAUAUAAAGACUAACGUCAAGAAAAUCGCACAAGACAAUGGGUGGUCUCUGCAACUCCACGACCAAGUAGUAACAGCUCUCGCAUCACGACCUAACCAGUCGUUUCAUUGGGCAAGCUUGGUGCUUUCUGAUCUCCAACACAAAUCUCAACUUCAGAUACCAUUACACAUCAGGUGUCUAAGUAAUAGUUUUGAAACUGUUUACGGCAAUAUUCUGCAGGAAAUCCCAACCGAACAUAUAAAAAGGUUGCGAUUAUUGUUUAGUUGGUUGUUGCUUGUAUACCAUCCUCUGACUAUUGAAGAGCUGGAUGCCUUAAUGGGAGAUCAGAGUUCCGACCCAGAGACUAGCAUUGGAGAUCUACAGGCCUGUCUAAAGGUCAGCAGAUCCCUUCUCAUUAUUAGACCAGAGAUAAGAAAAUCUGGCUUGGGAUAUGAGACAAUGCAGACUGUUCAGUUCUCUCAACGCUCAGUUCGAGACUUUUUUCAUCGAUACAUGACAGCUGAGAGGGCUGGUCCAGGCACCUUUCAGAUACUCUCCGAUAAAGACCAUGAGUCUAUUGCAUCACGGUGUUUGGAUCUGAUGGGAGAGUUACUUCCAGCUUGGUCCGAGGGUAAUACAGACAAGAGAUUCGGUUUAGUGCUUCCCUAUGCAACCCGAUACUGGUUUCGACAUCUCGGAGAGUGCCCUCAGUUACUUGAAAAUGACAAAACAGCAACAAAAGCUAUGUCGUUCCUGACUCCGGACAGUGCCCACCGAGGAUUAUGGUUCACAUACCUUUCCAAGUUCAGAGAUGCACAAGAGUAUGUCAAAGACCAAUGGACUGCAAUAAAGAAUGGUGGCCAUUUUACUACGAUCAACGGACUGGGGGAAAUCACCGAUGUUAUUAUUGUUGAGCAACCGAAGGAUUAUACUUCAGCAGACAAACUCAAUCCUUUACAACUAGCUUCACUGCUUGGCAUAAUGUCGAUUGUUCGGAAGAUCAUCGACACCACAAAUCUGGCAAGAUACCUGAGACAGACCAGUAUUCGAUCUUUACUAUAUAGCUUCUCUCUCACGCAGCCUAGAAGUAAAGCUCGCAUACUAAAAACCCGAGAAGGACAACCGUUGUUAGCCACUGCGGAACUUGUGGCAAUGACUCCCCUCGAGCUAGCUGUGCUCGAGGGACACAAGGAGGUUGUAUCUCUUUUGUUGAAGCGUCAUCCGCGCUCCAGUAUGCGACCGGAUUCGACUUUUGCUCUAGAGACAGCUAUCAGUCGAUGUGACAAGGAAAUGGUCAGGUUGCUGAUUAGAGCUGGAGCCCCAAAGUUGAGAGCUUCCAAGAAUGCCGAUGGUCCUGUCGGUAAUGCAGUCGCCGUCAACCGCUUAGACAUGAUUGAGUUUCUCUGCAAAUCUGACAACAAUAUCUGGGCACGGAAAGAUUCGAAACAAGAUGAGAUUACAUAUGCCUUGCUACAUCUUGCUAACGACGCCACACCCUCCCCUCAUGAUGAACCAAGGUUUGAGGACUACGCAAGACUUUUGCUUCGAGGAGGUGCUUCACCAAAUGGUACUGUCUCGUGCCAUGAGGGUCGCAGCUUAAGACAUUUGAAAUAUGGACUCCUACAGUUGCUGCACAGUCGAGGAAUCACUCUCCAGGCUCUUGGACCAUUUCCAGACGAACAAACCCCCCUGAUGCUCGUCAUCUCAUCAAUGCACCUGAGCUGCUCUGGAGUUGACCCAACAGAAAUCGUACAAUUUCUUUUGGAUUCAGGAGCUUCCAUCAACCAAACAGAUCAAAAAGCAUGGAGUGCUUUGCAUCACAUCGCUAACCAGAUCGCGCUGGGAAGGGUAAAGAAGGCCUGGGAGGAUAUGGAAGAUGAUGAGGAGCACAAGUUAUAUGGUAUUGCUGGCCUCUUAAUCGAAGCUGGUAUCAACCAGGAUCUAGAGGAUAAGGAAAAUCGUAAAGCUGCUGACAUUCUUGAGAUUGUGGGUGCUCCAGUAUGGAAACGGGAUAUGGCAUGGCAUAAACGUUUUAUGGGAAGUGAACCUACGAGUAGGAUGUCUCUUGAAUAG